AUGAAAUUCAAGAGGAAUAAAACGUUAGACGAAACCGUUGUGUCUCCUUCCUCGUCAACACCAACCAAUACAUCAUCUUCUUCUACAUCCUCUUCAAAGAAAAGACCUAGCAGUGUGAAUAGUGACUUUGAUGUUUCGAAUUAUGCCAUUGUUUUUGAAGAAAUGAUGGAUUCGAAAGAAACUCGUGAUUUAUUCUAUGAAUAUUUGCAGCUUAAUCGUUCGGUGGAAUCUCUCAUGUUCAUGAAUCAAGUUGAAGAAUAUCGUGCGGAAUAUAACAAGAAAUUCGAGAAUGUUAUUUGUGGUGAAAAUGUUGAUAAAAAGCAAGUUCAUACCAAGAUUGUGGAAAUCUAUUCGAAAGCAAGGGGUAUUCUUGAUCAGUUUGUGUUUCAAGGAGGUCAAUUCGAGUUGAAUUUGGCCUUUGCUAACAAGGAUAAGAUUCGAGAACUUUGGGAAACAAAAGUUUGUGAAAGUUUUGAAAAAUUGGACAAGGAAAGAUUGGAGGUUGAGAAACUUUCGAAAAUCAUUUCCAUGUUGGAAACUGAUACAUUGUUUGGACUUGCAAUGUUUAGUGUGAAUUUGGAUUUGAGGUUUGAUCAAUUUCCAAGAUUUUCCAGAUCUGAAAUGUUAAUGAAAUUCCUCGAGUCGAAAGGAGAACGAUUCACCAGAGCCAUUGCAACAGAUAUUUCUAAAGGUUUCCAAUUAGAUAUUCGAUUCAAACCUCAUCAUUUACAAGAUUCAACCAUUGAUGACAAGUUUAUUUACUUUGGUUUCACCCUCGCUGAGGACACACCUGAUUGGGAAUUGACCUAUUCAGAUAAGAAGAAUACCUGUGAAUUGUACCAAUCCAAAACUUCCUAUGUAUUCGAUACUGAAACAUUGAAAGGUUUGAGAUUGAGUAAGGUUGUCACUCGUGUACCAUAUCCAAUUGAAGAAGUCUGGGCAUGCUUCUGGAAUAUAGAUCUCCAUAAGGUGAUAGAUCCUAUGGGAGGUGCAGAAACUUUCAAAUUAAUGGAUUACAUUUCACCUGUAUCUGAAGCUGAAGGAAAACCAAAUUAUUCGAAUCAACAAGUUUCAUGUUGUACGAAAUUCCCAAUUCCAUUCAUGAAGAAGAGAGAUUUACCAAUCACCAUGACAGCAAUCAGAGAUCCAGAACUUAACAUGAUCAUGGUUGCAGGACACACUUGUUCACUAAUCGAAACUAGAGAAGAUUGCAUCCCAGCUCAACUCAUGUUUUACUACAUGUUCUAUAAGGUCAGUGAUAAUGAAACUCGUUUCAUUCACACUGUGUAUACUGAUUUGAAGUUGCCUCUAAAUCCUUCCUUAAUGCUCAAAGUAAUCAUGUUGAAGAGAGCUAAGGAUUAUAAGAAAGGUUUCGAGCAACAAAUUACUCGCCUUCGUAAGGAAAAAAGUACAAAGGAUGGUCUGAUGGAUACUUCCCAAUUUGUGGAUGCUAUGAAAUAUAAUUUGGCCAUUGAGGAGAAUACUAAAUUAUAUCCUAAUAGAUCGUGGUAUAAUGAAUGGCUUCAGUUGAGAGAGAAACGACUCAGCUUGAACAUGUCAGAUGCAAAAUCAAAUUAA